GUUAAAAUGCCAAUUUUAAGAUCCCACCCAAGGGUGCAGAGGAGUAAAUUCCAUCCACACAAGAUGAUGGUCUGAACACGACAAUGGCCGCAUGGAAGAUGGCGACAUGCAGGAGAUGUACGCCUGAGAGGUAUACAGGUGGCCUAUCCGGGAACCUACUCCUCCAGACCUUCCGGAGAAGGCGCGAGAGUCGGGGUAAAGAUUCCGCCAGGUAUCUACCAAGUCAAAGGAGCCGACUAGCUCCUUUAACUUUUUUGCCGAUGCUGGGUUGCGUUGGAGACCCGAGCGGUAAUCCACCUCGAGGGUACAGUAGAAGUCUCCCCUGAGGAUGACGCAGUCCCCAGGAUCGAUGGAACUCAGCAAAGUGGACAGCUGACAGAAUAGGUGUGUCUGCAUCACCCUGCGCCUCGGGGCAUACACAGUGAUAAAAUGCCAAGGUUCACCAUCCAGGCACACGGCCAGGUGGAGCAGAUGGCCGGGCGUGACAUCUUGGACUCUUACGAUUUCCAGCUGGGAGGUUGGGGCCAACAGGAUUGUCACACCACUAGAGUUGGAGUUGAGGUGACUCACAUAGACCACUCCCUGCCACUCCAGGAGCCAAGCCGACUCGUACCCCGGGGUGGUAUGGGUUUCCUGCAGGAAACUCACCACAUACCUCCCAUCCCUGUGGACUGAGAAAUUGUUAUAUCUGCGGGGAGAACCCCUGCUACCGUUUACAUUUAGACUAACUACGGUGAACUUCAUCUUGGGAGUACACUAGGCCUCAGCACCAGUACCCUUCCCGGUGAGAACGGAGGCGUCCUCAGCCGCACUAUCCCGGAAAAAAAGCAAGAAUGCUCUUUGCUUUCCGGGCCCGAGUGGUGCCAACGUCACCCGAAGGAGCGAGGCUGCUUCCCACCCUGAAGUCCCGCACCAGGUCAUCCAGGAAGGAUUUCAGCUGCCGCCUGUCAUUCCCCAACACAGCAUUCCUCUUCCCCUUCCCCUUCCGUCUGAGGAUGACCCUCAGGGACUUCACCAGCCUCGGCAUGCUAGACCAGCGCAGGAAUGCUAGUUUAGGCUGAUGCUUUGCACCCUCAGAGGUGAGAAUGAACUGUCUGAUCUCCUCCACAGGUAUCAAUGGGGAUUUUUCAGGAGGGGUGAGGAUGUCCACUGUCUUGCUAUCAAAGGAGUCUCCCUCCACCCCUUCACUACAAAUAGACCCCCCAUCUUCCUCCCCCUGUGUACUAAUAGACGGCUGCACUUGUAACCCACACUGCGAGCGGGUACCUCACUCAUACCUGCCUGCUCCUCCGUCGCAAUAGUGUGCCUCAUCCACAGUUACGACGAUGGAGGGAUAAUCCCCAGAGAUUCCCCGCAGGCCAUGAGUAGAUGGGGUCGGCAUGCAGAGGACAUCACCCUCCCCAGGAGACAGGUAUGAAGGGGACCCCAGCAACUCUGGUUCUAGGGGUACACGGCAGCUUGAUGCUAACUGAGAGAGGCUGGUCUCCCCUUCGUGAACAUUAUUUGAUACACUUGCCUCCAGGGAGGCACUAGCUACUAAAUCCUGGGUGGAAGGCUCGAGGGCUGUCUCGGUUGCGGGAAGAGGGCUAACACAACCCUUCUGCACAAACAUUCCACCUACUGCAGGACUGGAGGCCACGUCUGGAGUUUCAGGUUUAGAACCGGCCUGCCCUCGGAUUCCCACCCCUUCUGAGGCUCCCCCACCUCGACAUUCCCUGCCCUCUUGGGGGAAGAUCCCCUUCAAGCCGGAGGAGCGCGCAGCUGCAGGAUUCGCCGAUGCAGGGACACACUCCGCUUCCUCGAGCCUCCCGCACCACUUCAGGGCAAGUGUGUUUCUCGCAACAGAACGCCGGAGCGGGCGUGACUCUGCGUUCUCAGGGUGUUUGGAGUUCGUGACCCUCGGAGCUCGUCCCCGUCCCCUGCACGUAGCCUCAAGAUCUCCCACCCGGACCACAGGGGCAAGAGGAGAGGCUGAAACAGGCGCAUGAAUACGGACAGGGGUAGGGGCAGGCGCAGGGGCAGCUGGGGCACUGGUGCCGGAAGUGGACUCCCUCGGGUUUUGAGUGUUGGGACUCCCUCCGAAAGUGCCUCACUUCCCCGCACAUAUGGAGUCCCAGUACACCUAAUGGUCUACCCCCUUGUGCCGGACAGUAAACCCCCCCUCAGCGUCAUCCCUCCGUACCAGCUGCAUGAACAGCUGGAACCAGAAAGAGAUUGUCUCUCUUAAAUUUGUGUCUUAUGGCGGUUAUCUUUACUUGUCCCAAGCAGGCUGGAUAGGGAAGCAGGACCUUGUUGGGAAUGAAAAGCUUGACGACACCGAGGACGAUUCAUUGCGUGGGAGCUGUCACACCAGCUCCAUCUAUAACAAGAUAUUUUCAACCGUGGUCCCCCAACUGAGAGCCCAGUGCACCAACUCAUCAUUCCCCAGAUAAACACUGCCUUCCCCGAGCUCUUUCUCUCCCUCAGCCAAGUCCUCCAGGGCCUCCGCACAUUGAUCCAGGACGAAACAUACAUCGCACCCCACGUUCGUCUUCCACCGUCUGAAACGGGGCAUUGUCCGAGCUUUUGCAGAACUCCCCGAAGGCCUGGAGACCGGUCCGGCGUUAUGUCGGAAUCGAGAACUAUGCGGCGGGGCCGGUGAUAAAGUCCUGGAGCGUUUUCGGUCCCGAGAAGCCGGAACGUGGUACGGACGGAUCAGAUUCCCUUAAAUAGCUGGAAUGGAGAGAGGAUUCUUCUGUUGCUGGGGCAGUGGGAAGGCACCCAACACUCGACAGUACCUGAUUGGCCCGGCGCCAGAAAUUACAAAGCCAGGAAAGGCUCCGUCGGUCCUGAAGAAUUCCCAGGCCGUGAGAGGUCCGCCUCCACGCCGACAGAGGAGGAGAGACGUUUCCCCGGUGUUAGAGGGGAACGACCGUUUUCGCAGCGGCCACAGCUGGGAGCUACUCGGGUCGCGAACCACCGGGGAUAAGGACGACAGCUCUCAGAAUCUGAAUCAGCACCCACACGUCCAUCACUCCGGAAUCAUGAAGGCUGGCUGCCUGCUCACGCUCUCCGUUCUCCAUGGUCUGGUACUGCCCGUGGGUGGAGGCCGUUUCAAGCGUCAACUGGAACAGCUGGGGAGCAUGAUCGAAUGUCGUGUGGGUGAAGGCCGCUGGCUCACGUGGAUCGACUACUUAGACUACGGCUGUUACUGCGGCAUUGGCGGCCAAGGCCAGCCCCUAGACGGCAUAGACGGAUGUUGCCGUCUACAUGAUAUUUGCUACGGGAAGCUGGAGUCCAAAGGUGGGUGCCGCUGGUAUCACUACCCCUACUGGACCCACUACACGUGGAUCUGUGGGCGUAAGCAGUCCCUCGCCUGCGUUGACCCCCAUGGAACGUGUGCACGCUCUGUCUGUGACUGCGACAAGAAGCUGGUCGACUGUUUCUCCCGGAGCAGCUACGACCCGGACCUGAGAGGCAUCAAUAAAGAUGUGAUGUGUCAGCCCUGAGCUCCCUGCAGCAGCACCCAGGCUGCAAUCUGAGCCCCUCUUACCACAGGCCGGUCUCUCCCUCCCUCCCUGCUCAACCACCACCCUUUCCUGACGGCUUGGGUGUGGGUGGGGGGUAGGGACAGAAUCACCAACGGGUCCCCAUCAUCCCUCACAUAUAACAAUCCAACCCAAUCCCAGUCCCACCACCCCUCGCACUGAACCCAAUCCGUAAAUCUCCACCUUCCUCAACUCCACCCGUCAUCUGCACUCCUCCAUCUGCCCAUCACAUCCCCCCAUCUCACUUUUCACUCGACCUCCAUCACUUCUCCCCAUCUCUUCAUCCAGCCCCGAUCCCUCAUCUC